AUGCAACAUGGAAUCAAGAGAGUUUCACUCUCUGCCGAGGCCAAGAGGCUCAAGCUUGAAAAGGAUAAAUCCAAGAUUGCCCACUACAAGCAAUUGACAGAAAAUAUCUUCUCGUUAAGAAACCUACAGACUUAUACGGUUGAAUCUCUAAAAGAAACCACCCAGAUUCUCCAAAUCAAUCCUGAGUUCUACACAAUGUGGAACUAUCGUCGUGAAAUAUUUGAGCAUUUAAAGAACAACAUACCUGUAGAAGACUAUGCUCAACUCAUGGACAACGAUUUAAAGAUGUUGAUGGUGAUCUUGAAGCGAUUCCCCAAAGUGUACUGGAUAUGGAACCACCGUAGAUGGUGCUUGUUUGAGCUAGUCAAGAUCAACAGAGUAGACUGGCAGUAUGAAUAUGCUGUGGUUUCAAAAUUGUUGGAGUUAGACAGUCGUAACUACCAUGGGUGGCAGUAUAGACGGUUUGUCGUCCAAAAUAUGCAAAUCCAGGCUACCACCAAAGCAGCACCAGCAUCUAAGAAUGAAGAGAGCUUGGUUGUGCUUGGUAUAAACAUUGAAGAAUUCAAAUACACCACAUCAAAAAUCAACAAGAACUUCUCCAACUUCUCUGCAUGGCACAACCGUAGCACAUUGAUUCCUAAGAUAUAUAACUUAUAUCUCCAAUUGGAAGCACCCUCUGAAAAGCUGCCUGAUGUAUACGAUAUAUUCAAACUGCCUCGUUCCAUUUUGACUCAUGAGUUGGAAUUGAUCAAGACGGGAAUGUAUAUGGACUCAGAAGAUACGUCAAUCUGGCUCUACAUGUGGUGGCUAUUGACGGAAAAGUUCUUUACUGAUGAGUUGCGCAAAGAGGAUGGUGCCUACCUUGCUGUAUUGGAAGAACAACUUGCGAACGUAGAAGAAUUGAAUGAACUUGAAAAGAGUGAUCAUAUCUACCAUUGGGACAAUUGCUGGUGUCUAAAGACUAUCAUACUUGUGAAGGGUUUGAUACAACAGGAACAUGUAAAAACCAACAAAAGCUCUGCCUUGUUGACGCAAGAUAUAAAGAACCAUAUACAAGCACUUAUCGAAAUCGAUCCAUUGAGAAAGGGCAAAUACUUGGAUCAACUUGAAGGGAAAGCAAGUAUAAUUCCGAUUCUUUAG